UCGAGUGAAAUCGGAAAAGCCCAAGCUAAAACACACAAGCACCAAAAUGAAGUUCAUCCUGUUCUGUGCUGCUCUCGCUGUUCUCUUGGCCGUGGGUCAGUGCGAUCCGGACUUCAGGCAGAUAAUGCAGCAGUGCAUGCAGUCCACCCAGGUGACCGAAACCGAUCUCAAGGAUUUCAUGGCCAGCGGAAUGCAGAGCACGGCCAAGGAGAACAUGAAGUGCUACACCAAGUGCCUGAUGGAGAAGCAGGGCCACCUCACCAACGGCCAGUUCAACGCCCAGGCUCUGCUCGACACUCUGAAGAAUGUGCCGCAGAUCAAGGACAAGAUGGACGAGAUCACCUCGGGGGUGAAUGCCUGCAAGGACAUCAAGGGCACCAACGACUGCGACACGGCCUUCAAGGUGACCAUGUGCCUCAAGGAGCACAAGGCCAUACCAGGAAAUCACUAGGCCCCCAUUGGCAUUGCAUUCGCCAUCAACAGUUGAUUAGCUCAAUUUCUGCGCACCUCAGGUGAAUGUUGUGAAAUAAAGUGGUUCAAGUUGCACUAAAGCAAAAA